AUCAAUGAAAUACUACAACAGCCUUUAUUUUCUGACUUGAAAAUGAAUCCAUCAGGUGUUGUACAAAGAGUGAAGACUUGGCUGCAGGCAACAUGGCAUAUAAGAGCCCCUUUCCAAUGGCUUGAAGCUUGUAUCAACUGGAUUUAGCAGGAGAAUGCUGGUGCAAACAUUACACAGGCUCAGAUUAACAAACAGGUUUUUAAGCAGUGGCUUCUAACCGACCUCAGAGACUUAAAACAUCCAGUCUUGGCUGUUAGCAUUUCACAGGCUGCAAAAGUGGAGCUUAAUCUACAAAUAGAUUCUCUCAAAUUCAGAAUUUGAGAGGUAAAGCUACUACAAAUGAAAAUGUCACCGCUGUUAUACACAGACGUCUCAAAAGCCCUGGGAAACAAAGCCCAACCGCCUGCUAAUACUUCAACUGACGAUGGAGUACUGCAGCUUCAGGGAAUGGAAUACCAGGCUAUUCCCGUUCUUCAUGCCAACCUCCAUCCUGGUACCAAAAUUUUCAAGAAUCAAGAACAGGGAAAUGCAGAUGAUGUUAUACAUAACAAUGCAGGGCCAUCAGAUGAGGAGUUACUUGCCAGCCUUGAAGCAGACGAUCAAUUAGUAAUGAAUAACGAAGUGGGUUAUGAGAGUGGCUAUGGUAGCAGGAGUGAACAUUCAAGCGUUAUUACUCUGAACGCUGCUCCUCAAAGUAAUCAGUCGUACAUCAGUGGCCAAGGUUUUGGAACAAGGACCCCACAAACUGUAACACAAAUAUUCAAUCAGGAACUUGUAGAAUUUGACAAUGCAGAUUUUCACGAUUUUCCAGUGGAAGAAUUGGAUGAAGUAAUCUUUCAGCAAGAGCUGCACGCUGUUUCUUAACAAACGUCAGUGGCACAGCACCUCAGCAGCAACCCAGAGCCUUUUGUUGCUCCUUGCCUGCCCUAAACUAGCACUAGGCCCAAUGGUGUGGCCUCUCAGUUAAAUCUAAACAGUAGAUCAGGGACACUGAUUAAUGAUUCUAUUGAACAAACACUUCUAGUAAAACUGCAAACUAAUGCAGAGAGGAAACUGCAGGAGGGAAGUGAAGAUUUUUAUAGUAAUAGAAAUGUCAUUCUGGAAAUUCUAAAUCGAGAAACUGUCCAUGGAACAUAAGAGUAAAUCUUCCUCAGUAGUAGGAUUGACAAAUGUAUCAAACUGCCCAGAAAAAGUUAAAAUAAGACCUGUUAUAAAAUGUGAGCCUUUUGGUAACCAGCCUUUGGAGAUUGUAACAGCUUAAGGUUCAAGCA